UUUGUCAACUGUUUUCUGGUGUAAGCUAUUAUUUAAUAUUUACACAAGAAGGGAGCAUCGUCAGGACAAGAGUGUGGUAAUGUUGUCUACCACUACCUUACAUCAACGAAUUUUUAUAUUAAUCGACUCCAGGCGUAUUUGAGUAAAAUUAAUAGUAAUUGGUGAUAUCUGAUCCACGACAUAGACAUCGUAAGCGGGACGCAUGCGAUGAUUCCGUGGACGAGAAUCGAGGACGACGUCCACUUGUUAUGCGUCUGUCACGUUCGUGCAAACUACUGAUAAAACUUGCAAUUGUCAUCGGUAUCUUCGUCCUCGCGAUUUACUGUCUCCAUUCGCCGAAUGUCUUCGCCGAGGUGUCAUCGUUGUUUCUCGAUGCUCAAAAUAUUAGUGGAAAAUCAAAUGCUACGACCACCUUAAGCAAGGAUCUAGUUAGCUCGAAGCAGCAGUUUUUAUCAUCGAAUAAAUCCAAUUCCAUUGAUAAUGGAACGACAGCGCAGCUGUACAAUGUUUGGUGUAUUUUUACAAAGGUGACGAGCAAUUCUCCAAUGCGCAGAAAGUUUCGCAUAUUUGUACAUUCGCUACUGAGUCAUUCGUCCAUUGGUAUUCAUUUCCAUAUUGUAACCGAUGACGAAAGUCAAAUUAUUGCUGAAAAAGUCAUUGAUUAUGUCUUUCUAAUAAGUAGAAAGACCAUGAAGGUGCAAUAUUAUAAUAUCCAUAAAUCAGCAGCUGAAAUAGAGGACAUUGUAUUAGUGAUGUCGCCACACUUCAGUAGUAAACCAGGAACGUACUACUCGGAUGCCUUAUUUUUUCUCUCUCUUGGCUUAUAUAGAAUAGCCUCUACAGAUCAAGAUUUAGCUGUGAUAGUUGAUGCCGAUACAAAGUUUAAAAUAGAUAUCAAGGAAUUGUUCAAAGAGUUUGAUAGCUUUGGAAAGGAAGCUUUAUUCGGGCUUGGCCCAGAGUUAACUCCCGUAUACAGACAUGUAUUAUACAUAUAUAGGAGUAAAAAUCCUAAAACUAAGUUCGGAGAGCCGGGUUAUCUUGGUGGAUAUCCAGGGUAUAAUAGUGGAGUGGUACUCCUCAAUUUGAAAAGACUCAGGGAGUCUUUGGAAUAUGACCAGAUAGUUAGCCAAGAUAGCGUGGAGCAUAUGGUAGACAAGUAUAAUUUUAAGGGACAUCUUGGAGAUCAAGAUUUUUAUACAUUAUUGGGAAUGGAAAGGCCAGAAUUGAUUCAUACAAUCGAUUGCGGUUGGAAUCGUCAAUUGUGUACAUGGUGGAGAGAUCGGGGUUACGCUGAUGUUUUUGCUAAUUAUUCGCAUUGCCAUUCGGAAACAAAGUUGUGGCAUGGCAAUUGCAAUACACCAAUCCCAGAGGAUUGAGAAACAACUAGAAUUAAUUUAGAUACUUUCUUAACCUUUUAAGGUUGGUCGGUA